AAUAAAAAAAAGCCAACAAGCGACAAAACACCUUUAACAAAACAUCCAACACCAAUUAUAUAAAGUCGCAUUCGGAAGGAAGGAAGUAUCAAUAACCGUUUUGUUUUCAUUCAAUCAACACCUCAAUCCCAAAAAAAUCCUAAAAUGUCUAAGAUCACCUUUGUCGUUCUGUUGGCCUUCUUUGGAGCCAUCGCUGCCAUGCCUCAGUACCACGGCCAGCAGCAUCAUCACGAGGAGGAACAUCAUGGACCAGUGCACUACGAAUUCCACUAUGACAUCCAUGAUGAUCACACCGGAGAUGUUCAUGGACGCAAGGAAGAGCGCAAGGAUCAUCAGACCCAGGGCCAGUACUAUCUGAUUGAUGCCGAUGGUUACAAGCGCACUGUCACCUACCAGGUCGAUGGCAAGAGUGGAUUCGUUGCUCAGGUCCACCGGGAGCCAAUCAAGGGAUACCAGCAGCCUCAGCAGCACCAUCAGAUCCACAAGGUCGUUGCUGUCCCAGUUCACCAUCAGCAUCACUACUAGGGUUCCGAAUUAUACGUUAAUAGUACAAUUGUUUGAAACCAAAUAGAAUAAAUUUUUUGUUAGACCU